GAUGUGUAUUAUGACUAUAAACUCGCCUAAUUUUGCGGUCAUACUGUAUGAACUUCUACACCAGCGGCGACGACCACCCAGAAGGCAUAGGGUAGCCGUGGUCCCUGGUUUAGCAACAGCUCACCGGAGCUUUUACCCCACAUACCCUGAACGCUUAACCCCGACAAGACGUCAUGCUGUCAGCAGAGUGCAUAGCCGAUCCGGGGUCCAGGUCAGCAGAGCGCAUGGAACAAUGGCGAAGAGACAUCGAACCCUCAAAGACUUUGUGGAAAUUCCACAAAGCGCUUGUGUAUAUAAGUUGUGCGUAUCUGCCCAUUGGAAAAUAUGAAGCUCAUCAACUCAGAGACCUCAUAACGCAACCCUACAAGUCACAAUGAAGCAGGACAUCCUCAUCCUGGGCGCUGGCGAGCUGGGCCUCGCCGUCGUGGAAGCCCUCGCCAAGCAUCCCCUACACUCGCAGGCCAAAUUGACUGUUCUUCUGCGCCAGUCCACCCUCGACACGGCUGCACCUGAGAAGAAGCGUACCGUGCACCACCUCAAGGGCCUAGGCGCGGACUUUGAAGGUGCCGACAUGGCGGCGGCGCCUGCGUCUGAGCUCUCCGCCAUUUUCAAAAAGUACGACACCAUCAUCUCGUGCUCUGGCAUGGCCCUGCCACCCGGUACGCAGACCAAGAUCACGGAGGCCGUCCUGGACGCUGGCGUCAAGAGGUACAUUCCAUGGCAGUUUGGCAUGGACUACGAUGUCAUUGGCGAGGGCAGCUCGCAGGAUCUCUUUGACGAGCAGCUGGCCGUGCGCAAGUUGCUCCGCGGACAAGACAAGACCACAUGGACCAUUGUCUCGGUGGGCGUGUUUAUGAGUUUCCUCUUUGACCCGUGGUUCAACAUUGUCAACAUCAAGAAGAAGACGGUCAACGCGCUCGGGAGCUGGGAUACGACCAUCACCGCGACCACGCCGGAGGACAUUGGUCGCGUGGUGGCAGAGGUCGUCCUCCAUCCAAAGGAGCUCGCAGAGCAGAGUGGGAUUGUGUAUACGGCAGGCGAUACAGUGUCCUACGGCCAGCUGGCGGACCUUGUCGAAGCGCGGUGCGGCACAUCCUUCCAGUGCGAGCUCUGGGACUUGGAGGCCCUGAAGAAGGAGAUGGCGGACAAUCCUAGUGGUAGGUUCAAGUACUGGGACGCAUUUGCGCAGGGAAGGGGAGUGGCGUGGCCACGGGAGAAGACGAUCAAUCACGAGCGUGGGAUCGCCACGACUGAUAUCAAGACCUACCUUGAGAAGAUGGAGUUGGACCAUUGAUGUAGACGGUCGCGAGUGUUGCGAAGAAUUGA